GUGGCUGUAAAAGUGUGGAUGGAAAUGUCGAGUUUUGAAUUAGGCCAACCUUGAGAUGUUAUCAGAGGUCUAUAUUAGGAGGCAGAGGCUGGUUAGCUGAGACAACCAGUUCGAACGGCGUGCGCGCUUCUAUCUGUAACGCGUCUAUGUGCAGAGGAAUAAGAACGUCAGUGCAUCACCACUAGAGGAGAUAGACAACAACUUCAUGAGAAUAGAGGCAUUAAAUGGUGAUGUUAAUCUUUCAGCCAGCAAUGCCCAGUGAUAAAAGUGUUUGUUGUUCAAGAGCAUGAUGCAGGGUUGUUUCUGAGCAAGUAAAUCAAAAAUUAAUUUUGUGUGUGCCUAUGACAGACACUGCAUUUUUGCUAGCAUAUCAGCACUAGACCCACCCAUCUGCACCUUUCAUGAGCCAUGACACGGCUAAGGGUCAUCAAGGAGGCCACGCUGGAUGGCACAAUUAAGGAGGAGCCGCCGGAUGAUGACGUCACGCCAGAUGAUCUGAUAACUAUAGUCUCCGCCGAAACGGACUAUCCCAUGGCGCUGGUUCCUGCCAAUCUGGCUGGUCUAACCACGGCAAACCCAGCUGAUCAGGGUAACUCGUCCGCGGUGGACGCGGUAGACACGGACGGUCCGGCCUCACAGGACUCGGACGAUCCGGACCCGCCAGAUCCGGACGAUCCGGCCCGGCCGGACCCGGACCCGGACCGGCGAGUGGCGCCGUCUGGUCGGCCGGUGCGUUCCAGCCGGCGGACGGGGCCGACGCCGUGGCGGUGCGCCGCAUGCCAGAAGAGCCUGCCCUCCUCGGAAGCCUACGACCGGCACAUGGAGGAGCACGAGCGCCAGCUGGGCCGCCGCUGCCCCGUCUGCGCCAAGGUGCUGCGCGGCGCCGUCAGCGACUUCCGACGUCACGUGCGCCUGCACUCGGCUGAGAAGACGCACCGCUGCCAGCAGUGCGACAAGACGUUCACGCUGGCCAGCUAUCUGAGGCGCCACGUGUACGCGGUGCACCGACUGGAGCGGCCGCACCGCUGCCCCGUCUGCCGCAAGGGCUUCAAGUACCCUAGCCAGAUGCGGCUGCACCACAUGACGCACACGGGCGAGAAGCCGGAGCGCUGCGACGAGUGCGGUAAGACGUUCCGCUCGCAGUGGUCGCUGUGCGUGCACGAGCGCAUGCACCGGGGUGAGCGGCCGUACGUCUGCCGCUGGGAGGGCUGCGGCUACGCUGCCUGCGACGGCUCCAGUCUGCGCCAUCACCUCAAAAUGGUGCACACCAAGGAGAAGGCCGCCAAGUGUCCGCACUGCGACAAGACGUUCGUCAAGCCCAGUCAGGUGCGCAUGCACGUGCGCAUGACACACGUGGGCGAGAAGAACGUCAGCUGUGACAUCUGCGACCGCAAGUUCUUCAACAAUGCGGCGCUGCGGGUGCACCGAGCCAUCCACACGGAGGAGCGACUGGUCACGUGCCCACUGUGCCCGGCCACCUUCAAGACCAGGAGCAACAUGAGCACUCACGUGGGCACGCACACCAAAACGCCCGAUCACAAGUGUACCAUUUGCGGAAAGGGCUUCAAGUUCCCCGCCUACCUGGUCAAGCACAUGGAGACGCAUAACAAAGAGCGCGCCUUUAAAUGCGAGUGUGGAAAGCGCUUCCGCACGGUGCGGUACCUGCAGCGCCACGCACAGAGUCACGAGCGCGGCAAGCGGUUCUCCUGCUCGCACUGCGCCAAGCGCUUCGUCUCGGCCGCCUCGGCCGAGAAGCACACACAGCGCUUCCACACGCGCGUGCCGUCCAUCUGGUGUCUGCAGUGCAACACGGAGUUCCGCCGCGCCGCCAAGCUGGUGACGCACUACGGCGCGCGCCACCGCGCCGACGGCCCGUUCCACUGUCCCGACUGCGGCCAGGUGUUCAAGGCGGCGCGGCCGUUCGCCCGGCACCGCGGCAGCAUGCACAUGUCUUACGUCACCGACGGCAAGCCGCUGGCGGAGUCCGACGAAGCCUCGGAGUAGCCGCCGCCGCGCCAGCUCGGUCAGCGGCAGGCGCCGGGCGGUGGGCAGGCGGACGAAGUGGGCCGCACAGUUGUCGGCCCGCUCGGGCCCCUGCGGCCGUCAGGGAGUCACGUGCGGCGCCGCUAGCCCGUGGAUGAAGGCACCGCUUCGUGACGCCAUCGUGCCCGCUGCGGCGUCUCGGGUGUUCGGCGUCUAACAUCCGUGAUGCAGCGACCCAUCGGACAUGUUUCGGGGCCGUGUCGCGCUUCCAGAACACGCCCAGGGCGCGCUAUCGGCGCCCGCUGGUCCUGCCGCGGACACUGCUGUCAGUGGGUGCUCUAUCCCUUGUCCUGUCCGUUCCCUGUCCCGGACAGUUUACUUCCGGCUGCUGGCGCGAGGUCGCCUGCGCGCGGAUGUUGUUCGUUCGGCGGUAAGCGACGAGCAGCAGCACCGCGGUGCUUUGCGCGGUGACCUGUCAUCAAUCCCCGCUCAGGUGGCAAUGCCGAGCUGCGCAGUAGUGGGUGAGGAUUGUCGCAGUGGUAGCUGCUGGACGGCGCUUCAGUGUUGUCAGAGCCGCUGGUCGUUUCGGAUACUAGAGUAUAGUAGAUGGCCAUUUUAUGUUGUAACAGGGUUCGUCGGACGCUUUUACGUGCGGUUCGUUUGAAGUUGAGAAUGUAGGUGAUGCCAUGGAGGUGCGCUAAUGCAUUUUUCUCAGCUGGCUUGCUUCGUUCGGACUCUUCUUUUGUGUCCCAUGGGUCUGGGUAGUUGAUGGAUGGUGGUAGUCUGUACAAACCAUUUCAAUGUCACUAGGUAGAGUUGUUGUGGUGAAUGCAGCCGGUACGAUUGAGCUAAAUGAUCCUUGUUGUGGUAGAAGUGCUGUCAAUUACUUUGAAUGUAACCAUAAGGGUUGAUGUUGUGCGGUCAAAAUCUGAAUGGAGGUAGAGAUAUUCAAACGGUUUUUUUUUCUAACAGUCUAGUCCUCAGGUGCAUGACGCUGGUGUGCCAACCUACCGAGUGUCGUCUUUCAUGUGUGCUCGCCUUUGCUUUUGUUCAAAUGCAUCGCGUUUGGUUA